AUGACAUCAAAGGCCAACGUCUUGGUGGUUGGUACCGGUGGUGUCGGCACCAUGGCUGUGUACGCCCUGGAAUCUGGCGGUCAUGCCCGUGUGACUGCAGUACUGCGCUCUAAUUAUGAGACGGUUGUGGCGAAGGGUUUCAGCUUUGACUCUGUCAGUCAUGGCAAAGUAUCUGGGUGGAAACCCACCGCAGGCAAGUACCCCGUAGUUAUGAGGAACCUAACGUUGAGAAAACAUCUGCUGACGCUCAUGCAUUUCGCGACAGUCACCAAUGAGGUACCAUCUGCCGAACAGGCCGAUCAGCCCUUUGACUUCAUUGUGGUGACUACCAAAAACACCCCUGACGUUCCCCCAACGGUGGCGGAUCUGAUUGUCCCGGCGGUGACAGCGGGUCACACCAUCAUCGUCCUCGUGCAGAACGGAAUGAAUAUAGAAAGUCCGGUGCAGCAGGCGUUCCCGAGCAACAUGGUCCUGUCGGGCGUCUCCUAUAUCGGUGCCAAGGAGGUCACUCCCGGGCAUAUCUGGCAGAGUGAUCCAGAUGUCCUCUUCAUCGGACCUUUUGUCCAUCCUGCUAUUUCCAAGCAGACCGGGCUGGCGGCAGCAAAACGGUUUGUCGACAUCUACAAUGCAGGAGGGAAGGUUGAGUGUCAACUCGACGACGACGUGGCAGCACGCCGUUGGAGAAAGUUGAUUUACAAUGCCAGCUACAAUCCUGUCUGUGCCAUUACUCAGAUGGACACUAGUCGCCUCCGGCUUGCCAAGUCCCCUAUCGAUGGCUUGGUACGGCCCUUGAUGGGCGAAAUCAUCACUGCCGCCGGCGCUCACGGUAUUGAGUUGCCUACUAGCCUGAUCGAUAUCAUGGUGAACGCCGAAGACAUCGAUGAAUACUUCGAGCCGAGUAUGCAGCAGGAUAUAGCUAAGGGAAAUCUGACCGAGUAUGAAAACAUAGUUGGCGAACCCCUUCGUGCAGCAGAGAGUAAAGGUGUCGCGACACCAACUUUGAGACUGAUAUAUGAGGUAAUGAGGGCUCUGCAAUGGAGAACAAAAGAAAGAAAAGGCUUGAUCCAGAGUUUACCGCCGAAGAGGAACUGA